UGGGCUGCGGCCGCAGACCCCGCCCCACAGGCGGAGAUGGCCGCCUAGCGCCGGUCUAUGGUACGGAGCGCCCCUCCCCCACCUUCCGUUUGCGCAGCCCCGCGGCUCUGUUCUCCGCAGGGAAGGAGCUAGGCCACUCGCGUCCUUCGUUUCCAUAGAGCUGACUGGGGCUCCUCGCCCAGAGUCCCAGAUUCUUGGCUGCUCUUCAUAUUUUAGCGUCAUUGAAGGUGCCUGGGAUCCUCCAGUCCUACCUUCCUGUUUACGGAGCAAAUUCUUUCAUCCUCCUCUCCCUAGUACAAUUUUUAAAUAUAUUCAAAUAAGUUACCGUAGUUUUGCUGUUGCUGUGCUAGUCAGAAGUAACUACGUAGGCCUUUAAACACAUACUCGUGCGUACACACACACACACAGACACACACUUGUGCGCACAUCUCUUUCCCUAAAAGGAGGGUCUUUGUACCUGGGGAUUGUAAUAUCUCAGCUGUCUAAAGGCUGGGAACAAGACUAAAUGGUUAUUCUGAGAUUUCUCCACAUCCAAAGGCUCUGAUUAAAUGUUGACAGAAAUUAGGCAGCCUCCGGUAUGCUCUAUAAGGAUUUGACCCAGGACCUAGGUGGAUCAUGAUUUUGGAGGCCAAGCUCUACCCUGUCUAAAAACAAACAAAAAAGGUUUGAGACAUCGGGAAUGAAAAUUUAAACAGAAUUCAUAGUGUAUGCAUGACAGACACUGCACCUUUUGGUUUAUGUUAUGUUGUACUCACAAUUCCUAAUUCAUUACUGAUGUGCAAGAUGUUCCUAUUUUAGGAAAGUUUGCCUGAUUGCAGUUGUUCAAUACAUACAUUGAUAGUUUGGGGUGGGUUUGUAUAAAAUCAAAAAAACCAAACCCGUUGCGCGGAGUGGUUGGGUAGCAACCCUCUAGAGCAGAGUAGAACUGCCUUAUAGGUUUUCCAGGGAGUGGCUGGUGAUUUUAUACUGGUGACCUUUUGAUUAGCAGCCAGCCUCUUAACCAUUGUGCCACCAGGGCCUUCCGGAUUUGUAAAUUUGAUUACUGUGCUUAUAAGUUAACUCGAACAGCAUUCUUAAUUUAUAUGAAAUAUCAGAGAGACUAAAUAACGUCAGCUCUUUUUCCGAAUAAUGCCACUGAAGUAAGUAAGCUCUGUGAAAUAACGUAUAUGUCUGUGUAUAUAUAUGUGGGAGGCGGAGGUGUGUGUCUGGGUUAGCAAGUAAGGUUAGAACAUCUUUCUAAGAAUGCCAAAGUCAGCUGCCUGAAGUUAAGCCAAGGUGCCUAAUUUGGCUCCUAGGCCAAGAGGGAACAGAAUUUUUAAAUCCACUUGAAUUUAUAGCUUCAAAUACAUGUUUAGAUAGAUAGAUUAGAUAGCUAGAGUUUUGUUAGUUGCCAUCCAUUCUCUUCUGAGUCAUGGCACUGCCAUGUGUGCAAAGUAGAACUGCUUCAUAGGGUUUUUGAGGCUGUUACCUUUCAGAAACAGAUUGUCAGGCCUUACUUCUGAGGUGCUUCUGGGUGGGUUUGAACCACCAACUUUUAAUUAGUAGUCCAGCACUUAAGCAUUUGUUUCACCCAGGGACUAUAUGUCCUUUCUCUGUCUCUGUCUCUCUCCACCCCCCUUCCCUACAUAUAUAACAGCAUUUUAGACACACAGUAUGAGUUCUGUGAUAUGUGUCCACAUUUUGAAAUUAGUUAAAACAGGGAUCCAACACUGUAUAACCCUUUUCAGUCUUAGCAUUUAAGUUUACUUUCCCAGUUAAAUGUUUUAGAUAAGAGGAAUCAUGAAACUCCAUCCAAACCAAAAACCAAACCCACUGCCGUCGAGUCUAUUCCGACUCAUAGCGACCCUAUAGGACAGAGUAGAACUGCCCCAUAGAGUUGCCAAGGAGCGCCUGGCAGAUUUGAACUGCCGACCUCUUGGUUAGCAGCCGUAGCACUUAAGCACUAUGCCACCAGUGUUUCCAAAAACUCUAUCAAACUCUUGAAUUCAAAGCUCCAGGACUGAUUUCAUUCAAGGCUUAAUAUAUCUUCAGAAGAGGGGGGUUUUAAAAAUGUUUCUCCUUAGUUUGCUGUAGGAGUAGGUUUAAAAUCAAAAUAGUUUGCUAAGCAACGAACAUUAAAAACUACUAGUUUUCAUCAUGUGGCCUUAAAAACCAUGGCAUAGAAAAAUGUUCAUGAUACAAUUUCAUAUAAAAAUUAAGACACAAACCAGUGUAAUAUCUAAAUUUUAUUGUAUGCAAAUAUGUAUUCUCAUACAUGAAAAAGUAUGAAAAAUACCUGCACAUCAAAUUCUUCUCCCCCCACCCUCCAAUAUUAAGAGUGGUAUCCCAGGAUGAAGGAAUUAGAGACGAUUUUAAUUUUUCUAUAUACUUUGUACUAUUUUUCCAAUUUCCUAUGAUAAGCAUGUAUUAAUUAAAAUUAGGAGUCCUAGUGGUGCAGUGCAAAAGGUUGGCAGUUCGAAUCCACCAGCAGCUCCUUGGAAACCCUAUGGGGCAGUUCAACUCUGUCCUUAAGGGUUGUUAUGAGGCAGAAUGAACUCAAUGGCAACGAGUUUCAUUUUUUGUUUUGGUAGUGCAGUGGUUAAAGUGUUCAGCUGCUAACCGAAAGGUCAAUGAUUAGAACCCACCAGGUGCUCCAUGGGAAAAAGAUAUGCCAUCCUGAUUCCGUAAAGAUUACACCCUUGGAACCCCUAUGGGCUGCUGUUCUGCUCAGUCCUAUAGGAUCGCUGUGAGCUGGAAUCACCUCGAUAGCGAUGGAAGAUGGUGCUCCAAAGCAUAUCAUUCAGAUGACAGGAUUUAAGAUGGAAGAAAAGGAAGCUUUGGGCAAAUUGCUCUUAAAACUGGAUUGCACUUUUAUUAAGAGUGAGAAAUACAAAAAUUGUACACAUCUUAUAGCUGAACGCCUGUGUAGGAGUGAAAAAUUUUUAGCAGCUUGUGCAGCAGGAAAGUGGGUACUAACUAAGGACUACAUAAUUCAUAGUGCCAGAAGUGGCAGAUGGCUUGAUGAAACAACUUAUGAAUGGGGAUAUAAAAUUCAAAAAGACUCCCAGUAUUCACCUCAAAUGCAAUCUGCACCUAAAAGAUGGCGUGAAGAAUUGAAACGCACUGGUGCUCCAGGAGCCUUCCACAGAUGGAAAGUUGUUCUCCUUGUUAGAUCUGAUAAACGAAGUGAUUCUCUUAUAAGAGUUUUGGAAGCUGGAAAGGCAAAUGUUAUUUUACCAAAAAGCUCACAAAGUGGGAUAACUCAUGUGAUUGCCGGUAAUGCAAGAAUCAAGGCUGAGAAAGAAAAAGAUAACUUUCAGGCUCCAUUUUACCCAAUUCAGUAUCUAGGAGAUUUUCUUUUAGAAAAAGAAAUGCAAAAUCAUGAUGAAGAUAUUAAUACUAGUCCUAUUUUGACUGAACAUCCAAAAAAAGAAAAAUUCAGAGAUUCGAGUACAGAUUUGAAAUUUGUUAAAAUGACAACCGCCAUAGGAAGGCACACAUACGGAAUUCAGAAAGAAGUUAAAAAUUGUGAAGAUAUUCAAAGGAGUUAUACUUUGAGAAAAAGGCGCAAAAAAGAAAAAGAACAAGAAAAAGAUUCCAGGAAAGACAUGGAACGUGAUGAAAUUAAAAGUACCUUAAGAAAGCACAUAUAUAGACAUCAGAAAGAAGUGAAGAAUUCUGUUUUUACUAAUUAUACCAAAAAAGUAAAAACCAGAGUUAUCAAGACGGAUCUGGAAGUUACAGAAGUGAAAAAUGCCUUAAGGAAGCACAUAUAUAGAGUUCAGGCUGUCAGAUACAACUGCAUUAGAACAGAUAAACAACCAGUGUACAAUGUGGAGGUUAAGAAUGCUGAAUUUCCCAGAGGCAUAUUAAAUUUAAUUGAAAGCCUUAUAGAAGGACAGUUUUUUAAAGAAGCAAUUGAGGAGCUUUCCUCUUUGCAAGCACAUUAUAUUCCUCCUGUGUGCCUUCUUCAUGCUCUUCUAGAGAACAUUCUACAGGAUAACAUGGGUACGUUUUCUGGUCGAUACUUUCAUGUAUUGUCAGCUCUUCUUCACCUACAUCCUCCUUGGAAGUCCCCAGCCAUGUCAAGAUACUACUUAGAGCUGUUUCAGUGUCCAACUUGCAUGAAAGGAGCAUGGUCUCUAGUAGAAGUGCUUAUCAGGUCUUGCCUUUUCAAUGAAAAUUUUUGUCAUCAAAUUUCUGAAAAUGUUAUUGGCUCUAAGGUGCUGCAUCUGACACUGCUUAAAUUCUUCUUUAAUUUAGUUGAAAGUGAGGUUCGGCACCUGAGUCAAAAGUUAUAUGACUGGUCAGAUUCUCAGAGUCUGAAAAUUACAGGAAAGGCAGUUCUUCUUGAACUUUUUUGGUCAGGAAGUGAGACCUCUGCGCUUUUGACCAAACCAGUAAAUAUGCUUUUGGAGUGGACUAUAUAUUCUCACAAGGAAAAGUACAAAUCUAAUGAUGUCUUCAAACAUGAACUAGCUUACUUAUUGACUGGAAUUCUUGGAGCAGCAGUAGAUUAUUGGAUCUUCCUUGGUCUUAAGAUGGGUAGAAAUGUGAUGCGACACAUGUCUGAUGACUUAGGAAGUUAUGUUUCCCUUUCAUGUGAUGACUUUUCUUCACAAGAAUUAGAAGUUUUUAUUUGUUCCUUUUCCUCCUCCUGGCUUCAAAUGUUUGUUGCAGAGGCAGUCUUUAAAAAGCUGUGUUUACAGAGUUCCAUCAGUAUUUCUUCUGAGCCACUUUCUCUUCAGAAAAUGAUACAUUCCUAUUUGCCAGCUUUGGGGAACACUGGUGUGCCUGGGGCUGGAAAGAUGCAGACACUGAAGAAAAUAGGACAGCGACCUUGCCUUGAAUCUCAGAGGGCCUUACUAAUGCUGAAUGGUGCAAAGCAGAAACAAGGUGAAGGACUGCCAGAGUCACCAGAGCUGAACCUUACUAAAUGUUCCUCAUCAUUAAAAAGAUUGAAAAAGAAGUCAGAAGGAGAAUUGUCCUGUUCCAAGGAGAAUUGCCCUUCUUUACUUAGAAAGAUAAAUUUUCACAAGACUAAUCUAAAAGGAGAAACAGCCCUGCAUAGAGCUUGCAUAAAUAACCAAGUGGAGAAAUUGAUUCUUCUUCUUUCUUUACCAGGAAUAGACAUCAAUGUUAAAGACAAUGCUGGCUGGACGCCUUUGCAUGAAGCCUGUAACUAUGGUAACACAGUAUGUGUCCAGGAAAUUUUGCAACGUUGUCCAGAGGUAGAUCUGCUCACUCAAGUGGACGGGGUGACUCCUUUGCAUGACGCACUGUCAAACGGACAUGUAGAAAUUGGCAAGCUGCUGCUCCAGCAUGGGGGCCCAGUGCUUUUACAGCAGAAAAACUCUAUGGGGGAAUUGCCAUUGGAUUAUGUGCUAUCACCUCAAAUCAAGGAAGAACUCUUUGCUAUUACAAAGAUAGAAGAUACAGUGGAAAACUUCCAUGUACAAGCAGAAAAACAUUUUCACCACCAGCAACUUGAAUUUGGCUCAUUUUUACUUAGUAGGAUGCUGAUAAAUUUUUGUUCUAUUUUUGAUUUAUCUUCAGAGUUUCUCUUAGCUUUCAAAGGGUUAACUCAUCUAAAUGAACUGCUUAUGGCUUGUAACAGUUACAAGGAAACCACCGGUGCUCAUACUGACUGGUUAUUGGAUCUUUAUGCUAGAAAUAUAAAGACAUUACAGAAGCUCCCAAAUAUUCUUAAGGAACUGCCUGAGAAUGUGAAAGUAUGUCCUGGAGUGCACACUGAGGCCUUACUGGUGACACUGGAAAUGAUGUGCCAGUCAGUCAUGGAGUUUUCAUGAGGAAACCCAAAAAUGACUCAGCUUCUUAAACCUGUUCAAUGUGAUGUGUCAUUUACUGUGGACUUCAUAGCUUAUUAACAAACAUUUUUUUUUUUUUUUUUUAAUUUAUAGACAGUUUUUGAAGACUUGCUGAAUUCUAAGAGGACUUUAAAGAACUUCUGCAAAACUAUGAUCUGAGGUGUCUGACUUUCCAGUGUGGAAAACUUGAUUCAAAGUAAAAAAUGGUUUUGUUUUGUAUACAUGGCUUUCAUUAAUCUUUAAUUUUCUCCGUUCUGAAAGUGAUUUUACUUAUUAUAUUGUACAUGUAACAUUUUUUUAGUUUUUUUUUUUUUUUCAAAUCAUAAUGUCCUCUAUUCUAAAUGUUCCAGGUUUUCGAAUCUUGGCAGGGAUAUUCAUACAAAGGUGUGCUGAUAAACCCGUAGUUCCUACUUCUCUUGUAUAUAA